AUGGAUAAACGAAUGUUCCCUGAAGGUUUUCACUUAUUUGCCUCGGCCAUACUACGGCCGGACUGGGCAGAUGUCAAUAGCCAUCAUUGUGUUUGUGCGUCUGUUCGACGUGGAAAUGAUCAGGCAGAAGACGUCAGGCGAGGCGAUAUGCUGCGUGGAUCAGGUCACUUGGGCACUGUCAGCCAAUCACAAUUGACUGGUGGGUAUAGGAUACAUGUUGACGACAUAAACCGAGACUUCAUGGAAAGAAGGCCAGAUCCGAUCUGCUGGAGAUGGGCACAGUGCAAAGCAGACGCCGAGACCUCUUCCAAAAUCGGUUGGUCCGGCAUACGAUAA